GCUUCUUAUCAAAUAUAUACUGCUUAACCAGAUAAAAUACUGAUCGAUGCUUUUAUUAAAGACAUUAUUGCUACAUAGGCCGUCGUUUAUUCGAAAAUCUCUGUAUCAUUUUACACCUCAUCUUUUGAAAGAUCAAAAUUUAGAAAAAGAUACAUAUUUUGGCUUUAAAAAGGUCCCAGAAUCUCAGAAAGAACGUCUCGUUCAUAAUGUCUUUACAUCUGUUGCAUCUUCAUAUGAUUUAAUGAAUGAUAUUAUGUCUUUGGGAAUUCAUAGAUUAUGGAAGGAUGAAUUCGUUCAGAGGUUAAAUCCAGGGUCUCUAGAUGGAGAACCAAUGGAUCUUUUAGAUGUAGCAGGAGGAACAGGGGAUAUUGCAUUUCGUUUAUUAGAUUAUGCCACAGAUGUUCAUCUUGAUACACAAACAAGGGUAAAAUGUGUAGAUAUAAACCCGGAUAUGAUAGAGAUUGGAAAAAAGAAUCUUAUGAAUAGUCGUUACAGAUAUUCUAAAAGAAUAGAAUUUUUUAUACAGAAUGCAGAGAAAUUGACGGAUAUUGAAACGUCAUCUAUAGAUAUUUAUACAAUUGCAUUUGGUAUUCGGAAUUGUACAAGAAUUAUGGAUGUUUUGAAAGAAGCAUAUCGUGUUUUAAAGCCAGGAGGGGUUUUUAGUUGUUUAGAAUUCUCAAAAGUAUAUUUUAAACCUUUAAAACCAUUAUAUGAUUAUUAUUUAUUUAAUAUUAUUCCAAUUAUGGGUGAGGUUGUGGCAGGAAAUAGAGAUAGUUAUCAAUAUCUUGCUGAAUCUAUUGCAAAACAUCCUGAUCAGAAGACAUUUUCCAAAAUGAUGGAAAGUACAGGAUUUAGAUUGAUAGGAGAUGGAUAUCGUAAUCUUUCUUUUGGAAUUGUUAGUAUACAUACAGGGAUUAAACCAAUGAUAAGUUGAAAAAAUAUAUAUCAAUCAAAUAUUUCAGAUUCUUUAAUAACAGA